UUAGUAACGCAACGCAAUCGCAGAGGACGUGUCGAUAGUAACAUACGGCUGUAAAAUAUUAUUUUUAUCGCGAAAAUCUCGAAAGAAACGACUGUAAAAUUAACUCGUGAAUUAUAUGAUAAAUAACAAAAAUUUUGACUUCAAUAUUUAAGAAAAAAUUAGUGAAUAGGCAGAAUCGUGAUCGAAGUUUAUUUUCAUUGUCGAUGUAAACAAAAGGUGUGUUGUUAUAACAAUGUGUUUGUUGCGGUGAAGGGGCGUGAAUGAGGUUCGUGCCGGACGGUGUCGCGAGGACUUUUAAACGGAAGUACUGGAGGAUGAGCGGCGUCAGUCGAGAUGCCCCCGUGGGCAUCCAACUCAUUCAGAAACUGAGCAACUAUUGCUGCCCUAGACUUCAGAUCAACCGACUACGAUGGUACCAAGGUUCGGUGCUCGUGUUAACAUUCUUCACGUACAUGACAUACCACUUGACGCGCAAACCGAUAUCCGUGGUGAAGAGUGUGUUGCACCAGAACUGCUCAGCGCUCGUGCCUCCGCCGGGAACCGACCCCAAUGACGACCAGUGGUGCAACUGGGCGCCGUUUAACACGGCGGACGCGAACACGCUGCUUGGCACGCUGGACUCCGCGUUCCUGUUCUCGUACGCGGGCGCCAUGUUUGUUUCAGGCAUGGUGGCUGAGCGCGUGGACCUGCGCUACUUCCUGUCGCUGGGCAUGCUGACGUCCGCCAUCUUCUGCUACCUGUUCGGCAUCGGCCGCACCUACAACGUGCACGACAUCUCCUACUACCUGCUCGUGCAGGUUUGUGUCAUAUUAUACUUCUGCUACCUGUUCGGCAUCGGCCGCACCUACAACGUGCACGACAUCUCCUACUACCUGCUCGUGCAGGCGGGCGCGGGUAUCGCGCAGACGACGGGCUGGCCGGGCACGGUGGCCAUCGUGGGCAAGUGGUUCGGCAACAGCAAGAAGGGGCUCAUCUUCGGCAUCUGGAACUCGCACACCUCGCUCGGGAAUAUAUUGGGUACAAUAAUGGCGGCGGAGUACGUGGACUCGGACUGGUCGCUGUCGUUCAUCUACCCGGGGCUGGUGAUGGGCGCGGUGGGCGGCGUGGUGUGGCUGUUCCUCGCCCCCGACCCCAGACACCUGGGGCUCGCCGCCGCCGUCAAUGGGAGGAACUCUCCGUCGCGUCAAACGACACGAUCUGAUGAAGAGGACGAAGGUGACGAGGACGAGGAGUCAUCGGUCAUCGUGGGAGACCAGUCUGCGAGUCUCCGGCCCAACCGACAUUCUGCUAACGCGGCACAUGACGACAUAACAGAGCGCACGUCCCUCCUCCGGCCCUCCCCGGCGGAGGGCGCGGUGUCCCUCGGGCGCGCGCUGCGCAUCCCCGGCGUGGUGGAGUUCUCGCUGUCUCUGUUCUUCGCGAAGCUCGUCAGCUACACGUUCCUCUACUGGCUGCCCUCAUACAUCCGGUAUACGCUGCCGAGCCUCUCCGCCCGUCAGUCGGGCGAGCUGAGCACGGUGUUCGACGUGGGCGGCGUGCUGGGCGCCAUCGUGGCCGGCCUAGUGGCAGACUGCAGCGCCGCGCCCGCGCUCGUCUGCGUCUGCUUCUACUGCGCCUGCGCACCCAUGCUAUUCCUAUACCAGUGGUGGGGAGGCACGUCGUAUAUAAUGUCGGUGAUAUUGCUGGUGAUGACGGGCGCGCUGGUGAACGGACCCUACGCACUAAUCACCACGGCUGUCAGCGCCGAGCUGGGCACGCACCACUCGCUCGCGGGGAACAGCCGCGCGCUCGCCACCGUCACCGCCAUCAUUGACGGCACUGGGAGUCUCGGCGCGGCGAUAGGUCCGAUGCUGGCGGGCGUGGUGUCGUCCCACUCGUGGACGCACGUCUUCUACAUGCUCAUCGCGUGCAACUUCAUGGCACUGUUCCUACUGCUCAGGAUAGCAUACACAGAGAUGUUGAAGAUAAAACAGGAGCGACGCAUGGCAUCGCCGCCGCGAGUACGCGUCGAGUAAACGCACAGUACACGCAGAGGAAACGCACCGUAACCGCGCCGUAUACGCACAGUUACUUUCUAUACGAUGAAUGAAGUAAAACAUUAGAUGGCAGUAAAUCAACCAAUAUCAAAAUAAAUUAAAUGUGACUCGUUUUUAUUAUUCACUAGCGACCCGCCCCAGCUUCGCAUGGGUGCAAUAGUGAUAUAUUAUGCAUGUAUUAUACAUAUAAACCUUCCUCUUGAAUCACUCUAUCUAUUAAAAAAACCGCAUCAAAAUCCGUUGCGUAGUUUUAAAGAUUUAAGCGUACAAAAGGACAUAGGGACAGAGAAAGCGACUUUGUUUUAUAUUGUAAUGAAUUCUGUAAUAAAAUCUAAGAAUCUGAAUUAAUCACACUUCUAAUAGGGAUGAUGACGGGGUAUGAAAAUUAAUUCGUCAUAAAAGAUAGCAAUACUUAGAUAAAACGAAUCAAACGUUUAGGAAUGGGAGCAAAUACAUCAUUCUACUCUGGUGGAAAGCAGCCUCACGCCCGAAUACUGAAAUGCUACUCAAUUUUAAGUUGUACUUAAAUAUCGUGCUAUCUCUGUCACUUUAUAAAGAAUUGAUAGGGACAGAACUAGUCUUGAGAGCGUCUUAAAAUUGAGUAGCUACACGGUUGGCGAAAACUAAAUAAACAGCCAAAAUCUACCGAUAGACAUGGUACUGUAUAACUCCGGAGCUGCGGACUACCUAGCGGGUUUACCGUGGCUCCGGCUCGACAAGCAGGAGUAGGAACGGAGUGGUUUUUAGUCAGUAAGAGUCUGACACUCCCUCUCCCCUCACCCAAAGCGGGAGAAGUCAUUGGAUGAUUUUCCCCCUUAAAAAAAUGUAUAAUAACUGUUAUUUAAUUAGGUAGCUGCGGUCAACUUUUAUAAAUCAAUUUAAAUUAUGUAUGUAGAUAUUGGAUACCUAGGGGACGUUCUAGUAUUACGUCAGCGCUAUAGGGGAGAGGGGGGGGGGGUCUUUGUUUUGCUCAUUUCGGAUGACAUCGGGGGUAGGGGGUCUAGGUCAGAUCCGGAGCUGCGGACUGCCUAGCGGGUUUACCGAGGUUCCGGUUCGAAAGGUAGUAAAACGGGGUGGUUUUUAGUCAGUAUGAGUCUGACACUCCCUCCCGCUCCACCAAUAAAUAGAAUUCCUCGUUAAACAGUUACGUGAGUAAGCCGAUAUACAUAAUAAUUAAUUAUUCAUCAACAUACCAAAUCAAGUAGUAUUUAGGUUUGUGCAUAAAAUACCUACUAUUCUACUUACUCCCCAAUAAAAUACGUGACGAAUGAUCAUCUAUAGCGAGUGACAGUCCACUGCUGGACUAUGAGCCUCCUCUACAUAAGAGGGGUUUGCCAUAAUCCCCACAAGUAGGGGGGUUGGAGAUCGCAGUGUAAAAGGUUCAGGUUUAUCAGAGAGCGCUGCUGCACGGUCUCUGUCUAAUGUGUAGUUCCUUAGUCGGGUAUAUGACACCCACAUGAAGAGUAGGGGUGGUGACUAAUGUAUUGAUUCACGCGACUUAUUUAGUAUUAUAGUCAUUCCAUACACUCGCACAUUGACAACUUUUUUAUAUAUGAAUAUUUAUGACGUCAUCGUAUCUAAGAAAUUACGUAGUAGAUAUUUAGACUGCCUCGUUCAUCUUAGGUUCGAUUUCCGGUUUAGGUAAACUACGUAUUUUGUGUGUUUCUGUGCCAAUAGGCUCGCCCUAAAAGGGGAUUAAUGCAAGAGGGGUUGUGUGUAUCCCCCUCUGUCUACCCCCAUUGUGGUUAAAAGGCGUGAUGUUACGUUUUUUUAAUACAAUGUAAUGUUUUAGCAUUUAUAUUAUAUAAUCUGUAGUUAUGUAUAUAAUUGUACAAAAUAUCAGUUUGUUUAUAUAAAUAAAUAAAUAAAUAUACAAGAUUGACCAUUUCAA